UGCGCCAGCUGCGCUUUGCAGCUUUUAGCGAGUUGAGAUUUGUGUAUGGUUUCGUUUCUAUUGAUAUGUCUGCCCGGUUGAGUGCUUCGUAAGAAAUAACUCUCUAGUAAAGUCUUAUUUCAUUGCAGUGUUGCCCAUAAAGUGCAGAUGCAGUACAAGUGUGGUCAGUACCAUGUCUGUUUGCUGUACAUGCAAGAUGCCAGAACCAGACACAGUAGUGACAGUUCUGCACUUCAACGACUGCUAUAAUGUGGAAGAACAGCAUGGAGAACCAGUGGGGGGAGCCACCCGCUUCUGCACAGCCCUUAAGAGAUUUUCGAAUGAAAAUCCUCUCAUCCUCUUCAGUGGAGACGUUCUGGCACCCUCCAUAAUGAGCACAUUUACAAAAGGAGAACAAAUGGUGCCUGUCCUUAACUGCUGUGGUGUUGACUGUGCUGUAUAUGGAAAUCAUGAUUUUGAUUUUGGUGUUGAUAACUUGAUGGAUUUUGCAAAACAAACAAAGUUUCCUUGGCUUAUCAGCAAUGUUGUUGACAACGAAACUGGGAAGCUGCUAGCAAAUGGUGAAGAGUAUCAAAUCAUGGAACGAUCGGGAAAAAAGAUAGGCCUCAUAGGCUUAGUUGAAGAAGAAUGGCUUGCGACUUUAGCAACAAUUGAUCCCAGUGAGGUGGACUACAAGGACUUUGUAACUGAAGGACGCAGGCUAGCGCACCUCCUUAAAUAUAAGAAUGGUGUUGACUAUGUCAUUGCCUUAACUCACAUGCGGACACCGAACGACUGCCGUCUCGCUGCGAACGUUGAUGAAAUAGAUUUGAUCUUGGGAGGGCAUGACCAUGUUUAUGAGAUUAAAAAGAUUAACGGUAAAUAUAUUGUGAAAAGUGGCACAGAUUUUCGUCAACUCUCACAUAUAACACUGACAUUUAGUAGUGGUGAAGUAUCUGUGAGCAUCAAGGAAGUGAGUGUAACAUCGCAGUAUGAAGAGGACAAGGAAUUGAAAGAGCUGCUUUCCAAAUACAAAGAUGUUGUGCAAGGGAAGAUGGAAGAAGUGAUUGCACAUUUCUCAGUAGACUUAGAUGGCAGGUUCUGCAGUAUUCGAACUUCAGAAACAAAUUUAGGGAACUUCAUCUGUGAUGUAAUGCUGUCAGCAACGCACUCUGAUUUGGCUAUCUUGAAUUCGGGUACAUUGCGGUCAGACAGAAUUCACCCUAGAGGACCAUUCAAGAUGAGAGAUCUGGUUACUGUUCUACCAAUGAUGGAUUCUCUUAUAGUACUCAGUGCUACAGGAGAGCAGAUUUUAAAAGCCUUAGAAAACGGAGUGUCUCAGUACCCCAAGCUGGAAGGGAGGUUCCCUCAGGUCUCUGGAAUUUCUUUUGCCUUUGAUCCUAAGAAGCCAUCAGGAGAAAGAAUAGAUCCAAGAUUUGUAAAAAUUGGAGAUGAGCCUUUGGAUCCAGACCAGAAAUACAGGCUUGUAACAAAGGGGUACUUGGCGCAAGGAAAAGAUGGAUAUGACGUUCUAAAGAACUGUGAAGUCCUGAUGGGUGAAGAUGAAAGCCCAGAACUAUGCACUGCCAUUCAGAACCAUUUUCAAGCAAUCAAGAUUUUGACAGGAGCUUCUCAUCCUCAAACUCACCAUCGGCAGAGCCUAGUCUGCCUUUCACGGAGACACAGUUUGGUACGCUUGAGUGGAGACAUCACACAGAGGGCACAGCUGAAGCGGGGCAUGAGUCUAGAUGCAGCCGGACGUCGCUCCAUGUUUCGCCAGCGACAGGCUUCUCUGGAAGAUGUUGAACAUGAAGUGGCCAAAAUGGAACCAAAGGUGGAGAAUCGCAUUGUUGUACUCACUGGUGAGGUUGAGAAAACCCUGCUGGAAGAAAGUGAAAGCCAUCCACGUGCUCUCGUUGAAGAGGUCAUUGAGGAGGAGCCAUCAUCAUCAGGAAGUUUUGACAGGAACUGAGAGGAAACCGCGUACUCAACCAUUAUUGAAGUCGCAAUGGGAUACCUUCCCAAAAUUUGGUUUCAAAAUUCUGCCAGUAGUAGGCUUGGAAAGCCUCAUCAGUGCUUAGAAUAUGCCAAUGUUUCCUGCUUGCACUACCUGAAGUGACUUUCACACCUUGAGGAUGUGCAGUGACCUAGGAGAGUUCAUCGCAGAAGAAUGGCUAACAAAACAAAAACAGUUGGCAUCAUGUAGGAUAUAGCUUAUCUUGUGGUUUGAAACAAAUAUUGAACAUUACCCAGUUGCGCUUUCGCUUUUGUUGGCAAAGUAUCUCUCUGCAGCUCAUACAGCAGCGCAUAAAUAGCGAGUGUGUCAAAUAAUUCUAGUGUCGGGUUUCAAAUAAUGCUAGAAAUUUGAUGACUUCCGCAAGCGUAAGCAUGUGUAUAACUUUUUCUUUGUGAAUCUCUAUCCACUAAGUGCAUCCUAGGACUGUAACGUUAUUCAGCCAGAAAUGUCGCUUUGUUAGCACAUAAUUCCAUCUGGGAAGGAAGCAAACAAAAAUCUGAAAGGCUCGCAACAGACAUGCUGUAAACCUAAGAUUGCAUUCCCUCACUGCUUUCUUCAGGAGGAUAUAGAACAGCAUUUGCAUUUUUUUUUUUUUACAUGACACUUAGUUUUAGUUAGGAGACGUAAUAUCGAAAAGUGGGAAGUCCCGUGAUCAAAUGAAGGUAGAUUGAAGCAAAAGCCACAUAGACUGUUCUUCUACUAGACCCAGUAGAACAACAGCCUCUGUUGGAAGUGUCGAUGGCUCUUUACCUGAGGCUUUUGCCUCAAUGUUGGAGAUGUAAUGUUAGUCCAUUUCCAGUGUCCCUUGCCAAACUACCCAGUAAGUUUGGGUUAGAAUUUCUGAGGAGUACAGUUAAGUCUGUCUACAACAGUCACACUUGUGAUGACUGGUAGUGUACAUGAGCCAGCAGUUCCCAUCAGAAAUUGUGCUGAUAUGCGUGCCUAAAAAACGUCACCAUACUUAUAAUUACAGAACCACUGCUUCUCAUGAACAGUAGAUAUUAUUGUGAUACACUCAAGUUGUUUCUGUUUGAGCAGUACAAAUGCAUUAUAAGCUUAACAACCAUGAUUCAUUGAAUACCCAUAUCUCCAAACGGGCAGGAAGACUUACUAAUCUUCUAUGCAUGGCCCUGUGUAUACACCUCUGUAUUCAUGCCUCAUGCGUCUGUUUAAGUGUGUAACCAUAAUGAAGUGGCACAGUAUGCCAGCAUCACUCUGAAUUCUCCUGUAAAAAAAGCAUACAAACUAGCAGUCUCACAGCAGAUGACAGUGGUUGUCAGCCAUUUAAUUGGUUGCAGAAUCUCCUGGGUUCAGAACUCUGAAAGAGGGUUAUGUGGCAGCAAGGAGAAAUGUGCAGAGUAUUAUAUGGUUUGAGGCAUUUUUAUUUCUCCAGAAUCGAAGCACAUAGAGGGGAAACAGUCGAUUUGCCUGCAGGAUAUGUGCCUGCAGGCAUCGGCAGCUUUACAGACCCGAGCCUGGGGGUGACUGACCUAUUUCAUGAAUAAUACAUUGUGACAGUGCUGCAGUACAUACCCAUCAUUCAUGUGCUUGGGUAGGUGUACAAUGUUAAGGGGAAGUGUGUCUGCUAAAUAUGCAAAAAUCCAGAAAAAUUUGUGUGUAAGAACCUAGAGGCAAUACUGAACCACCAGAGAUACCAGAAAAUUUCCAUAAUGCAUAUGUGUAUAACAAAGCAAACGUGUGUGUGUGCGUGUGUGGUUUUGAUGUUUAUACUAUGUUGACAAUUAGAAAGGAAUAAUUGUAUAAGUGCUGCUACGAAUGUUGGAAAGUAGAUAUAUGAUGAACAUGAUGGAAAGUAACUGCUCUGAGGCUGAAACAGACAAACACAACACAAGCCUCAAUGAGCCUAAGAACAUGAACAAUUGAAUUAUGACAGGCGUCGAGAAUGUAAAGAGAGUGAGAGUGUAUCCCAUGAGUCGAUUAAGGCCCCUUGGUAAGUUCUCGGAAUACUGAUGCCAGUGUGGCGUAGCGGUUAGCGCACUCAACCAGCAAUCGAGAGGUACAUGGUUCAGUUCCCGUCGCUGUCUGACUUUUUCGACGACUGCCAUAUUUCAGAUAUAUGGGUCACAUGGGGGCAUUUGUGCUGCUCCCACCUUGAACAAAAUUGGAAGCAUGUCCUUGGAAGUUGAGUAACUUGUGUACUGAUCGCAUCUUAUACAGGGGCCCUAUAAAAAGACUCAUAUAGCUCCCCAGUCCUGUACACUUCUCUCCUGUACACAGCUCUUUCCUGUACAACAUGUUUUCUUCGAUUUUGAUUGUAUUUUCAUCUCCUAUAUGUCAACAUUCAAGCUUCGGCACACUAUUUUAUGUAUAACUUUCAAAUGCAAAACUUUGCUUAUACAUUGCGUACACGUAUGGUUAGGGCUCGUCAAGACUAAUCGUUUGAUACAUCAUUCGUUUUGCUGCGGCAUAGUGUAUGUGUGGUAUGCACAAUCAUUGCUGGGUGACUGAUGACAUUCAUGCCCUCGACUCCCCAGCACCAUUGCUGUGCAUUAUCACAUGAAACUUAUGCAUGAUGUAAAACCCCCGAGACUAGGGAACACGAAGGGACAGACACAAACACGAAGUCUCAAAAUGAGACUCAGUCUCAAAAUUGAGACUUCGUGUUUGUGUCUGUCCCUUCGUGUUCCCUAGUCUGGGGGUUUUACAUCAUGCAUCAUCUUCACCAGCUCGCUUGCUUCCUAGCCAUUUUUCAUUGCCAUGAAACUUAUGUUAUCAACACAACGCUACCUCACUCAUUGAGAGUGCUUGAAUGGUUGAGAAAUUAUGAACAUUGCUUCCAAUUAGUGACACUGCAUCACUGGUCAUCACGCCCCAUAUGUACUGCAAAGUAAGACAUAGUUCUACAUCACCCACCCUACCAGUUGUAGAUUGGGAUUGGGACAAGGGCAAAACGUGAAUUUCUUACCCUGGUGGUAAAGGCGGCUGUACUUGCACAACAAGCUCACCUACUCCGAGCCACUGAUAAACUGGGGUCUGAGCAUAAACCACAUCAUAGGUUACUGCAAUCAAUGGUUCGAGAACCACUGCUGCACAGGAUGGAAUUGAAUUGGCAAAUAACACUAGAAUAUCAAAUGACCCAAUGAACUUGUUUAAAUACAAAUAUUAUUUGAAGCAUGAACACAACACAUCUGUCUUAUACUUCAUUUAUUCACAAUUGAUGUAGCUCUAAUAUAUGGCCAUGUGUCUUGAAUGUAAAGCAACACUUCUAUGCAAUCAAGACGCACAAAUAAAUAUUACAAUUAUGCAAAUUUCUGCAUAAUGCUUGCACGCUAGUGUGCACAAAGCUAUAGAAUAUGACUCAUCUCGAGUGCACAAUAAAUAAAUGAGCAAGGUGGCUUGCUCUAUCAUAAGUCUG